UAUGGUCACGAGCGUGACAGCGCGCGCUACCCAGCAUGCGCCGCGAGGCUCCGCCACAGCCAAGAUGACCGACUUUGAGGAGCCGCUUUCAGACGAUGAUAAGGUCCGCAUUGCAGCUAACUUUGUGACCCACGCUCCUCCUGGAGAAUUUAAUGAAGUUUUCAAUGAUGUGCGACUUCUCCUCAACAAUGACAACCUCCUUCGGGAGGGGGCAGCACAUGCCUUUGCUCAGUAUAACAUGGAUCAGUUCACUCCAGUCAAACUGGAUGGGAGUGAGGAGGCGGUUCUGAUCACCGAGCACGGAGAUCUGGGUCAGGGGCGGUUCUUCGACCCACGGAAACGCGUGUCGUUCCGUUUUGAUCACUUGCGAAAGGAAGCAAGUGAUCCUCAGCUCUAUGAGGGAGAGACUGCGCUCCGGUCCUGGAGAGAUGCCUGCGAUGAAGCACUCAGUGCUUAUGUGAAGGAGCACUAUCCCACAGGAGUCUGCACGGUGUAUGGGAAGAAUGUUGAUGGUCAGCAAACAAUUAUUGCUUGUAUUGAGGGUCAUCAGUUCCAGCCCAAGAACUUCUGGAAUGGGCGGUGCAGGUCAGAGUGGAAGUUCACCAUAAGUCAGUCAUCAGCGCAGGUGAUGGGAGUAUUGAAGAUCCAGGUGCAUUAUUAUGAAGAUGGUAAUGUGCAGCUGGUGAGCCAUAAGGAGGUGGAGGAAUCCAUUGUAGUGACUAAUGAAACCCAGACUGCCAAGGAAUUUGUAAAAAUCAUUGAAAACGCUGAAAAUGACUAUCAGACGGCCAUCAGUGAGAAUUACCAGACAAUGUCAGAUACCACCUUCAAAGCUCUUCGCAGACAGCUGCCCGUCACUCGCACCAAGAUCGACUGGAAUAAGAUCCUCAGCUACAAGAUUGGCAAAGAGAUGCAGAACGCGUAGAACCGACCUGGUUCCUCUUCCUUCUGGUAAACAUGCGGAGCCGGCUUUCGGAACACCAUAUGCUACCCGCUCAGCCGUAGAAGUCUCCCAAAAGUUAAAAAUAAAUGUCAACUUUUUUUCUGUUUAAAAAGAAUGUGAGUCCAUUCAACUUUCUGUCAUUAAUGGACUCAGCUGUUGGAAGAGGUUCAAAUGAGAACUUGGAGGGAGUUUUGGAUCUAAAUUAUCAGCAAACCACUCUUCUCUCGAUUACCCAUUCACCAGUCACUCAAAAAGAGUUUGUAUUAUUUAGAUUUAUUUUUUCUUUUUGUCUUUUUAUGUGAACUGUGACAGCUGCAAUGCUUAAACAUAAACGUUUUUUUGUGUUUUAAAACAGUGGAUAAGUAAUGCCUCACUCACUGUAUCUCCAAACCCCAAUUACACAACCCCACUUUCCUCUUCCUCCAACAUCUGACAGCCUGGAGAGAGAAGGGUUCCUUUUGUCCUUCUCUCAACCAUUCAGGCUGUAACAGGGAAUGCAUGAGGAUGAAGAGAGGAGGAGAACGGGCUGUGUCUGGGUUUGGAAUGCUAUCAGGCAUAACUGCUCUCUCUGUAUUUUUGUCUAACAGUGACUCACUUAAACUAAAAUGGUUAAAGUCAAACCAAACAGACAGAAUAAAUAAAUACAUGAAAUGCCCUCCUCAGUGGUAUAGACAUCAGAAUUCAGCCUUGAGUUUCAUAUUUACACAUAAAUUGGAUUGUUUUUGCAUAGAGUGGUUCAGACCAUUGUCUGUUACAGGUAUACUUUGUGAUUCAGUCGGGGUAGCCACAAUCUGUUGUGCAACAAAUACACAAUCCAAAUGGUGAUUUUUAAGUUUGCCUUCACCCCCCUUUUCAUCCUGAGGCCAAGGGGUCUGUCAGUGUUUCUGUUGUACGUUUCUGCAGUUCACACUGCUUUCACACCACCAGUCACAUUAGUCUUGUUUGUCUUACUGUUCCACCAAAAAAUCCUCUGUAAAAUACACCCCUACUAAAUCCAUCAUGUAAUACUGGCAUAUUCUCUGUCUCUCAUAACUUGACUUUCAGAUUUUAAAACAUGCAAAAGUAAACAUCUACUCAGUGAAUUAAUAA